UCAUUACUCAUGUGACAUACGUUCAUUUCAUUCGACACCAGCCAUCGGGAAAAGCUGAAAACUGCUCCAACGGUAACCAAGUUCACCGACAAUCGUCAGACUCGACAACACAUUAAUUGUUCUUGCAGGUUCUGUGAUUGUUCUUGGUGAAAUAAUUGAAGGGCUGAGGAUUGUGCAACAUCGCUGAUUUGAAGUCAGUGUUGAUUUUUCAUCGUGGAAGGAUACUGUGAGGGAGAAGGUUCCUAUGUUCUGGGAAAUCAUACUCUCGCUAAAAUUUGGAAUAAUCCAUCCUUGCCUGCUAUGCUAAUUACAAAUGGAAAGUGUAGAAGGUUAUUGGCUUCAUUAGAAUGCAACCGAUCAAGAGUGUUCCAAACUCCAAUCAACAUCUCAAUCGUGUGUCCGUAUCUGUUGGAGUAAUAGCGACAACAAAUUGAUUAGGAAGGGUGCAUAUAGCAUUCGUGGACGGGUGAUGCAGCGCCUUGUUGGCUUGUCACUGGUGGAAUACCAUAGUGUGGAGAAAAAAAUAGUCGGCUAUGUUAAUGGUGAUCAGAUAGCAUGUGACAGCUAAAUAGUCUCGCCGCAUGGAAUGUAAAUAUGGAGUAGAAAUUGCUUCACCGUCUGGCACUUUACUGCGUAGGCUCGUUCACUCCGUUCACCUUUAAGCAAUAUGGCAUAUGAAGGAGUUAUCCAAAUUAAACCUACCAAUAAUUCUCAUCUAAGCGUGCAAUAAUAUUUCCAACAACCAACAUAUUUGACAUCUGAUUCGUAUAAUUACGAAAGCUGCAAUGUCGGUUUAUCAAGAGUAAACAACAUUUCUUCUUUCACUAUUAUAGCGUAAACACACACUUGAUAUCUUACAGUGACAAGAUCCGAAGGGCUCAUCUCUUUCAUACGUCGUUUAAGUUUAUAAUGGGCUAACCUCGCAAUGCAUCUCUACCUACAGGGUGAAGAUGCAACUACUCUCUCCCUAGUACAACGCCCCUGGUUCCGAUAUGCCAGACCUCAUACCAAUAUGGACUCGAGCCGAUCGACGACGGCGGCCCAAGCCGCUGGAAGUAGCAGCAGUAGCAGCCCAUCUUCAGGUGCCCGAAGCCGACAUGGGGCGCGAGCCAGAAAUUCGUUUUCGUAUCAACCACCACAUAAGAGAGCACCGACGGAAAAAGUUGUUACAGCGCUCCUGAAUGGGGACUUGGACGCGCAUGCCAAAAAUUUCGCACGGCACCUUAGUGGAUCUCGUGGGGCAGAGGACCAAUCGCAACUGUGCUUGCUCUUGGACGCCUUAGACGUUCUCAGCUCACGCGAAAAACCUAUCUACUGUCAAUUGGUACAGAGGUUAGCUGAAGAAUUGCUAUUUGAAUGCAUUGAUUAUCUAUGCAGCACAAUUACGGGUGUCGGACGUGUGCACCUGGAUGUUAAACUUUAUAACGUUAUACGAUUGCUGUGGGUGUCAUGUCUGUAUGCACCCGCUCUUCAUCAUCUCGCGGGUUACUUCCGCGAGUUGCUUAUACCUUAUCAUGGAAUCCUGUUAGCAUGUUGCCGAUCCCUUCGCCGUUCCCUGAGUACAUGUAGUGACUCCUCGACGACUACUUCAGGAACGUACAGUCGUGAUUUAAACAGCGAUGGUGAUGCCCUUGUAAGUAAGGACAGCGUGAUGGGUGUGGCCAUAUGCACUCUUAGUGUUCUAUACAACAAUUUGAUGAUGGUCCACAAUCGAGACGUGAUGGAAUAUUGUUGCCAAAUGGGAAUCUUCGGCAUCAUCGUUUCACUUCUCAGGCGGACGCGUCAGGUCAUGGUUGGUGAAGCUUGUCUUCGGAUCCUUGACCUCGCCUGUGAGCACGGUGGCACUAUGGCACGGACACUACUUCGUGAUCACCAGGUCAUGCGCGAGGCGGCCAACCUUUGGCACUUCAUGCUUAGACACGACCUUGUCACAAAAUCGGGCUUCCAAAUCGCUGAACUCAUCGCUCGUCUCAGUGAGUAUCUUCGCCAUGGAAGCAAAGGUUACGCUGGAUCUAGUGGGUUUGCUGCUGCAGCUCCGAGCCAACACGGGUCUCAUUCAAAACCGGAGAAAGCGACAUUUCUUUAUCGAUGCUCGCAAAUAAAGAUGGUGCUAUGGUGUUCUUCGCCAAACUGUGCUCUCUCCGAAGAAUCCACAGGUCAAAAACUGAAGAUGUGUGCGCGCUGCCGAUUAAUGAUGUAUUGCAGUCAAGACUGCCAGUCUUACCACUGGACUAACGGACAUCGUGAACGAUGUGGAAGUCGAAAUCGUAAAAGUGCACGAGAGCAAGAAGACGUAUCGUAGCACUUCUACUUAAAUUACAAUCGUUUAUCACCAAUGUGUCGUGAGUUCUAUUUGUUAGUACCUUAUCCUUUCAACUGAUGAAUUAUCCGAUUUUUUUUACACCAAUAUGUUAUCACUGACUUCCAAAAUGAACAAGUUUGUGUAUGCAAUAGGAGUAGACUUCGUAUACAUUAGAUAACAUGUUACUUCUGUUGACGAAACAGUAUAACUUCCGUUCACAAUGUUACUUCCAUAUUCGAUAGAAUAGCAAUCCGUCUUAAGGGAUUUCUGUAUUCUACAUGCACGAACACGAUACUGAAAUGGAAUGGCAAAUGUGAACAAUUCAAGGAUAGGUUGCUGGUAUUCUUGUGGUUGAUCCGUCUCAAUACUUAAAUUGGUAAACGCGUUCGCACGAAGGAUACCUCAGUUUUCAACGUCCUAGACAUGUACUAACUUUAUGGCAAUGUUGAAUGGUGAGUGGCCGAAGAAACAAAUUCAGGCCCCAUUCGUAUCAUGAUUUGUUCGGAUACUAUCCACUGAACAAAAGCAGAACAAUGAUGAUAAUUUCGGGAAGACAAUUUUAGCCAAUGAAUAUAAAAUGGUCGCGUCAUUAUUCUACGAUGUGAUGAAGCUCUGAAUAUGACUGCUAGUAAAGUAUUUAUACUCAUAUCACUAUCAUUAGAAGUAUAUAUGAAGUUAUGAUUCAAUAUUAACCUUGAGAGUACAACAAUGACGUAUAAGCACAUAAUAAUCAUGUACAGAACAAUACCAAACAUCGUUUAAUCCAAGUUUUGUAGCGUUGGAAAGUCUUGCUUAUAGAAUGUUUAUACCAUGAUCUUUUCCUCACUGCAAGUGUCUUUCGUUUUUUGCGGAGCUUUGAACCAUUAACAAUUAAUCUAUCUAUUGCUGUGAAAAGUAAGAAUGUGGCUACUUAUAAAUAGGAAAAGGUGAAAGAAUUUGAAAAAAUAUAAAGGCUAGAGACUGAACCAAAAUUCAACUAAAUUUGAAUAAAUGCUCAUACCAUUUUCUUCAAACAAUGUUAUACAAAAAUAAAUACUAUGAAGAAUCUGGUAGAAGAUCAAAUGAAACAGCUUUCUUGAAUGUACUUAAAAGUCCGGUUUUCUAUAAAUCAUUUGAAUAUACAUAAAUGAAGGAAUACUUUGAAUGAAAAAGUAGAAAUAUUUUUUGUCCUGAAAGAUAAACGUAUAUUACCCUGGGAUGAUCGGAAGAAAAUUGGACUUUAUUCAUUAUGAAAGGAUAGUUUCGCCUUCAAACGACUAGAGCAUUUCAUUUCACAAAACAUUCACACAUCUAGCACAAGAACAACCCCUCCUUUGAAUUAUCUUUGAUUACAAACAAAAUGAAAGCAACCUCGCUCCAACAUUUUACAAACUCGUAGUUAGCAGGAAAAUCGUUGAAAGUGAGUAAAAAGAGAAAAUGCACACAAGUGCCUGGCAUGGAUUCUUCACUCUUAAUAUAGUUUUGAUAAUUUUUUAUUUGUGGAAGUCGGUUGCUUUUAGUAUUAAUAUUUUUUUUAGUUAUGUUCAUUAUUUCAUUUCAUAUACUUUAUUUUAAUCAAUUUAUUAUUCUAGAAUACAUUACUAAUACUCCUGUGGCAUAUUGUCUGUUAAUUUGCUGUAGAAAAGUAUAAUCAUAUAUCAAUGGCAUUAUGCCAGCAUCACUAUGCAAACUAGUAUUUUAUAGGCUACACAUAUAACUACUUGAUAAUGAUGUCUGAUUGUGUCAAUUUACCCAUACUAAUAUUACGAUAUGUCUCAUCAGAAAUGAGCGUAUAUCAUGUACAUGUAUAUCAAGGAAUCAAUAAUACUAUACUUGCAACACACAUACAAACGCUUUAAAGCCAGCUGUAACAUAUUUUGAAAUAUCAUACACAGAUUUUAAAGUUGGGUAUGAUAUCAUUAUUGAUGCAAAAUUAUAUAUUCACAUUAGUCAUGUUAGAUAAGUGUACUUUCAUAUCUUGACACUGUCAUGAUGAAGUUUGUUUUGGGUCAAAAGUAUGGGCAAGUACUAAAAUUUGGGUAAAAUAUUGUGAUAAUGAGGUUGUUGUCAUUAUACUACUACAAAUUAAUUGGUACUUAAUUUCAUUAGAUUACAAGUCAGUAAAUAUAUAGUACACGAAAUUAUACAUUAAAGGAAUGUAUACUAACAUAAAGUUUAAUGUAAUGCUUGCUUUCAAUAUUAUUCAAUCACUAAUAGAAGUAUAUAUUUUGUUUUAAAAUCGAAGAAAGAAUUGGUGUCAGAGCACCCUGGGGUGUGUGUAACGUUUGAACUCGGGAGGAAGAUCAAGGACCUGUUGCAUUAUUAAGUUACGAUUACGGUAACUUUGCCAUCCAAUGGUGACUUCCAUGAAAUCCUUGAUACUGAUUGGCUGUUGAGAAUUGCUACCAUGGUGGUCAUCAUUGGAUUGCAAAGUCACUAUAUUGCACUUAUAUCUAACGGGGCUUAGUGCUCUUAAUAUCUGAUAUUUAAUGCUGUUUAGACAACACAUCCUCAUAAAAGUAUUGAUAAACGUGGUAAAAUACCGUUAGGCGUUCCUAAGGUUUGGAAAAUUUUGGCAAAUGUUAUGUAAAAUAUGAAUUAUUGAAGAAUGAAGAAAACAAGGAAUUUAUUACUAAACGCUGGGUGGGUAUGUGCCUUGAGUUAUUAUCGGAUUGAUUAUUAGCUCAACUGUAGGCAGUAUUUUCGUUGGCCCAAAUUCUAAAGCUUUCUUUCACCGGGAGUUUCGAGAAAUAAAAAGUCAAACAAAAAUACUGCAACACCUACCCAGGUAAUUAUGAUUUCAUCUAUACCAGUACUUUUGUUCAUGCAUGUACGCUGAGGAAUAUACACUGCUAAAACUCUGGUGUUGAUUUGACACCAGCCCGGAAUCUACAUAUAUCCACACCAGAGAAGUGUUAAACAACACCAGUUUCGUUUUGGUCUAACACCAGAUAGGUGUUUAUACAACACCAAUUAGUAUCAAAACAGCAGUGUUGUUUCAAUAUUUAUCUGUUGUGGACAUAUAUAGAUUCCGGGCUGGUGUUAAAUCAACACCGGAGCUUUUGCAGUGUGCCUAUACCCUUAACGAGCUAGACUAAACUUUACUCAGUUUUUUUUUUUUUUAAAGGGACUGGGAGUAAAGGUUAUCAGGUAUACUUCGUUCUACGGGAAAUAAUGAACACAUCAUUGUAAAUUAUUUGAAAUUUUGUUUAAUUUUACCCUAAAACGUUUAUGUUCCAUAAUUUAUUUAUCUAAUAUUUUGGUAAACUAUGGUCUAUAAAACGGCAUCUUUGGGUUAACAUAUCUGAGAGUGUAUCAUGGUAAUUUUGACCCUGAUAGAAUGGCUUAUGUAGCAUGUGAUCCAUCUCAUUCGUGUUCUUGUACAUGCAGAAAGAUUUGUGAAUUGUUAAUGUGUGACAAACUUGUUCCAGUUUUCGCCUAAUGUAUCUUCUUUAUUGGGGAUAUGCGUACUAAACAAAGAAAAUUAUUUUAUAAAGACAAUACCUCCGUCUCGAUUCCACCUCCGCACUGAUUUAUUUUCUUGACAGUGUAACGAACAGACUGAUAUAAUAAAAUGAUGUUGACAUUCUGUAGGCUUACUAGACCAUUGCCUCAUCCCACAUUCCCGAUCCGUCUUGUGAUGUUAUUAAGGUGCUUGUCUCGGGCAUCCUUCAAGAGGCAAAGGCGCCGUAGAACACUAAUCAAUACCAAUGCCCUUUCCACCAUUGAUAGUUCAAAGUUCAUCAAAUCUACCAUUGCUUUUGAUCAUAGCCAUACACACUUUGUUCGUGUUAAAGAUGCCUGGCUCCGUAUCAGACCUCGAGAAAUCAAAAGUAGAUAAUUUUACCAGAUUUGCUUGGAUUACGAAGUUAUCUUUGAGGUAGAGAGGGAGGGGGGAGAUUCAAAUUUAGUUCCAUUAAAGUCAGGUGUGCGCCUUAAAUUUGAAUGUUUUCUUUCUUUAGACAACAGUUUACCAACUAUUCGUUGUCCAGGGUAAAUAUGACAUCAUAAUGCAAUAUGAUUUUCUGCGUUCGAAUUUAUCUGUAAAAUACAUGUCUUGCCUUAUAAGAGACAAUAUUGUUCUAGUUUCACCAGAUACGUUGUAACUUUUUACUCAAACUUGUUUAAAGUAUACACCACUUUAACAUAGUGGAUUCAAUCAUUUACACCAAUAACAGUUUUUCUAUUUGAUCCAUUAUUUGAAAUUGGUAAAAUUAACAAUUACCUGUGAGAUCUUUAUGUUCCGUAUGUCAGUUGGUAUUAUAUUUUAAUUGCAGAAUGAGUGUUAAAGUUGACAAUGAAAAAAAAUUGGGUGCAUGAUUCGGUACCAAACGAAAACAACAGAUAAAUGAUAUCUCAAAAUAAAGACAAAAUAAGAAGGCCAAGAUCAAAUAUUGGUAUCUGCAUUUUUGAGAAUAUAUAGCAAGCAAGUUUAUUGAACUUUAAACCGGUCCUAAGUAUGAUAAGUACUUACAAACUUUUCUGCCUUUUUAAGGGAAAAGUCAUUUUAAAUACAGAGCAAUGGUGUUCCUGUUUAUUGGGUAUCUUCAGAUACAGCUAGUUUAUAUUCUGUGUUCAUAUGAUUCAUUUUCCAUUUACAAAUCCGUAUUUCUUUAAUUCACAGUGUGUAUCACUCCACUCCAUACACUUUUGCACAUCUGUCAUUCUGGAUUGUUAAUCUUCUUAUAACAAGAUACAAUUAUCUUUCCGUUGAUGGCUUCCGUAUCCAAUAUGGUCUAAUCAUUUUGGGGGUAUGUCAGUUUUGACAUUAAGUCGACCUAUAUUCCCUCUUUUAAAUCCUUUGUACUUCCUUCGAUUCACAAAGUAAAGUAGAUGUUUAUAUAUCCAUUUCAAUAUUAUUGUAAACAUGGAAUGUGGUGGAUUUUCAAUUGUAAGAUGUCAUCAUGACAAACACGACUCCUAAUCAAACAUUCUCUAUUUUUUUACAUCUCCUUCUAUAUUGUAGGGUUAAACAAGAUCACAACUGUUAAAGUGCUCAGUGAUUGUCUCUAUUUUGGAUAAUGUAAAAUUACUGCAAUAUCUAGCAAUGGUACCACCAGAUUUACUUGAAAUCGUCGAUCAAAGGGAUUGAAUGAUUAUUGUGAAUGCGAUGGAGGUCGUAUUAAAUUAGUAGAUAUAUCGGAAUGACAGUAUCUUUCCGACUUAAACACGGACGUUUAUAUACGAAUCCCGGAUACUCAUGUAUUUCGCAUCUUAUUGACAGCACCGUGAUGUCGCAGUAAUACCACAAAUUAUAUGCCAUUCAAGACAACACAUUACAUUUUGUCGUCUGGAGUCGGCUUCGCUGGCUUGGCUGCGAUGUUAAAUCGACUCAAAGCAUCGCAUUUCGUUCUUUCAAACGUAUAGAUUUUACCAAACCCUAAAAACGCGUGAUAGCAAUAUUGAGAUGAAGACAGACAUAACUGGGUGGGGUUCGUCACCUAUGGCAUGGGUAUUCGCUCAUGUAUCACACAGUAAAACCGUGCAUAGAAUGUGUUUUACAUUAAUACAAGCACCGCGUACAUGCUGAUUCAUCUUACAGAGAAGCAUACAUCGAGUAUGUUGAAGAGUAGAAAUCAUAGUCCCUCGUUUCCUCUAUGGACCCCGGGCUGUGAAUUCUCGACACAGUACUGCACAUAAUAUCAGACUGCUAGUAAGAACAUUGUUGCUCACGGUAUAUAUCAUCGUUCAUAUUCACUCCCGAUGUAUAUCACUCAGUUUCUAUCCCGUUGCAUGCACGGUGCCCCCAGGGGUUAGAAAAUAGAAGCGCUGUGUAGUAUAGGGUAUGUUAUAAAAAGGAAAAAAAUAUCUGAGGACAUAACGAUUUUUUUUUACACGAUCACAUUCAGUGGCAUAAUGAGACGGGGGGGGGGGGGGAUGCGGCCAGACAUGGCGGGCGGGGCAGAUUUGUUUAACCUUUUAACCCACAAAUCUAAUAUUUGAUAGAAUUUUCUUUCUCCAUUUUUUUUUUGGUUGUGAAGCUCUUGGUGGCCCAUGGCCCCCAGGUUUCCCCAUCUGUACAACAAUGAUCACAUUAUUCACCGUUGAUCACAGAAUGACCGUGAACAAAAACAAUGUUCUCACAAGCAAUGUUAGGACAAAAGGUUUGAUUUGAUACCAUUCUGAUAUCCGAUUAAUAGCCAUAUUCUCAUGGUUCUCUGAAGCAUCCCCUCAGGAUUUGCCCGGGGUGCUGCAUGUGUAUUUCACCCUCUGGAAAUCAGGUAGGUAUGCUUAAAAGAAGAACUUGAAUCAAAAUCAUCUUCAUUUAUUAGUGAAAACACUUUUGCGGGGCUUGUCAAAUUUAUCCUGACUAAAAUCACCUUCAUUUUUUAGCGAAAACCUUUUUUUGCCAAACCUUUAUUCAAAACCAGCACCCCUGCUAAGAAUCGUUUCCGAUCAAUUCUGAAUGGGUUUCCUUAAGUUUCAAUGAUAAAGCCAUUCCUAUAACCAACUUAUUAAUUUAUCUAAGUCACACAUUUAGGGGAAAACCUUGUAAGUGUAUUACCAUGUGAAUUUUUCUUUUAAAUGCUAAUGAAUCUUCCUGAAAAUAAAUCUACCACGUGAUAAAAUGCAUCUAAUCAUAGUUUUGUCGAGGAAGAUCUAUAUUCCUAUAGGUCACAGCCAUUGAUAACAAUGGACAUAUUAACUUCAUAUAAGUCACUUUGUCGAAGAAGGGAUGAAAUUCCCGAGAAACCAUGACGUUUAAUCUAGUAGACCCAAUCUAUGGAGUUUUGUUUAUGCAGCCUGUAUAGCUUCCUACUCGCCGAGCGAUAAAAGAUGCAGUCUUCAUCGCAUCCAACCACACAUUCAAACGUAGCCGAUGUAUUCCUGAAUAUGUCAACAUCAAGUACACAUUCCUUCCUUGUACUAUAUUGCACUGGCUUGGCCGAUUGCUGAACGAAAAGUAGCUGACUUAAAAGGAGUCUGUUGAUUUAUGAAUGUAGGACAAUAAUUGAGGUUGAGCAUGUUGGUGUUACUACUAGUAGUCGAAGAGUGAGAUUGGCAACAGCACUGAGCCGACGUGGCAUUAUACAAUUGUCUAAAUUGCAUCGAACAUGAUAAAAGAUUUAAUAACACGUAUACCUUUUUUAUUCAAUAUUCUUUGAAGGUGUAUAUGGUGAUUUAGGAAUGAUCUUCUAUCAGCCUAUAUAGAUAAACAGUAUAAAUGUAAAAUCAAAGAAUUCGUCGUUGGGUGAUAAAGAUAUAUGAUGAGUUAUUCAAUUUAUUAUCAUAUGUUCAUAAUUAUGGAAUUAAAUGUUUACUACCUUUCUAUGGUGUAUAGAUAUUUUUUUCUGUAGCGCUUGAACUUACCGAGAACAAAAUAUAUCUUAUGAAGAUAUGAACACACAUACCGUACUUGACACAAUAGCUUUAGAUUUAGAUAAUGUCAUACCUUAUAAAUAAAAAUAUCAUAAUUACCUGAUAAGGAACGUCUUGAUUAUUGAAAGUAUUUUGUAACCACAUUGGCAUCAGGUAGAAAGCAUGCCAUGAUCAUUUAGGACAUUGCUGUUUUCAUGAAAUCAAGUUAUAUAGAUAUUCAAUAAUUCGUUAAAUUGAACACUGCAAUAGUUUUGCACUCUGAAGCUCGGAGACAGCCUAUGCCUAGUAGUAAAUAAUCAAAUAGCUACAACUAUUCCUCAAUAAUCCAAUGGCUUUGUCAUACGGUGCUAACCCCCCUUUGGAGAUGGGAAGUGACCUAGAAUGAAAAAAAAAAUGUUUCUGAAAAUAAUAAAUAAAUGUAAAACAUAAAUUGUUCAAUUAAAGUGUUCAGAUAGAGCAGAGUAAGAAAAGUCAAUCCAAUUUCUAUAAUACUAGUAUUGGAGAUUUAAAUGAAAUGUGUAUUUUAUAUAAUUGAAGCAGCAGGUUCCGUGCAGCAAUCUAAAAUGUCUUUGUACCCCUUUAUCUUUCCAAGAUGCCUCGGCGAAUGGUAUCCUAGCGAAGAGGAAAUCGACCUUUUGUCUCUGGCCCUAGACGUAUCUAGCUACCGCUCAGUGCGGCCAGCUGUUAAUUAGGACAGACAUACCCAUGUCCUUUUAGACUUGUGGUUUCCAGGCUUCUUUAAGAUACUGUGGUUCAUUUGCUUCCUGAACAAUUCAAAGUUAAUCAUUACUGGUAGUCUGAAACCUUGUGAGGGUUUGGAAUGGCCCUUCCUUCAUCACUGGAACAGAAAGGACAUGAAAGGAAAAACUACUUUUGACAUGUUUGAUGCCACAAGUCAUUGUUGAUAACUGCACCAAACACAAUCUCAUCAUAAAGAUAAAUAGCAUAAGCAUUAUAAGUUCUAGACUUUAUAUUCUAAGUGUGUCCCGGAUAAGAAAUGCGAAAUAUGGGGACAAUAAUUCAUCUAGCGAUGUUCAUACAAAAUAUAUUAUUGGAGAAUAUCUUUAUGCAUAUCAAUAUCCGAUGUAACCGUACCAUAACGAAUGCGUUAGUGCUUGAGGUUUACUGAGCCUGAUCAAACUUUCAGUGGGUCUCGUGGAGGUGUAGACUAAUUGGCAAUCCAGCCUUAGAAUAGCAAUAGUGACCUUUCGCAGUAUGGGGUGUACGAUAUAUUGAGAGGUAUAUAUCAGAUAACGAGACGCUAUGCAUGCAAGUGAUGUGAUAUAUAUACAUUGUGGGUAUAAUGUGAAUCUUUAGCUCGUGACCAAGAAGAACAUGAUAUAUUCGCUAAUGUCACCCAGCUGAUAAGAAGUCCAGAUCUAAUGAAGACGUAAAUAGUGCUUACACACACGCAUACACAUUAUCUCUUAUAUAUAUAUAUAUAUCUUAUCUUAUAAACACACUAUAUAUCUUAUCUAUAAACACACUUUAUAUCUUAUCUAUAAACGCACUAUAUACGUGUAUACGCACACACUCUCAUAUACACGCACACCCACACCCCAAAGCACACACAUAAUUAUACACAAACAUCCCCCACACUCACGUGGCUUAUCCUUGACUACACAUCACAAACCUUCUCCAUGAUAUCAAUAUACACUCUUAAAAUAGUUGGGCAAAAACUUUUAACCAACCCUUGGCAACAUAAUUUCCACACAACUAUUUGUUAAAAUCUGUCCAAAUUGGGUAAUAAAAACUAAUAAUUGGGUAAUAAAUUUGCUAAAUUGGAUAAUAAUUGCCCAGAAUAUAAUUUUUUUUAUUUAUAUUUUAUUUACCAAAUUCCCCAACACAGUGGACAGUAUAUGUUGCCCAACAUUUUAAGUGUGUACUUACUCUUUUAUCUUGUUGGGCGUAGAAAGUGUAUGCUCUCGUACAUUUUCUUCAAUAUUUAUUUCUAUUCAAGAAUACGUUUUUGUAUAUAUAAAAAAAAAAUCAUGAUUUCAGUGAGUACUGUGGUCUAUCCCCCCCCCCCCCCCCGCCUCCCCCUGACAAUGACACAAUAAUGUUUUUUUUUAAUCAUUAUUUGAGAAAGUUAGACACGUGGAAUGCGACCAAUUGAAUAUUUCGGCUAAACUACCCGUGCUAUUUUGCUUGUUGGAUAUGAUAAUCCUUUUCCGUUUCUCAGUUAAGAUUUUCUGCCAUUCUCUCACCAGGAACUAAGACGAAAAUGUGAUACUUUCUUGGUGUAUCCAAACUUAAGAGUAAGAACAAUCGUAAAAUAGGUAUUUUACCAUAAAGAGAUCGAGUGAAUUACGAAUGCUGUCUAUGGUAUAUUACAAUCUGAUCUAUUUGUGUUUGCUUCUGAUGUCCAUUUUUGCAAUAAAACUACUUUGUGUAACCAUGACUGCAUGUGUACAAGCGGUAACCCUCCUGUUAACUAAUAAGCAAUAAUGUUAUUUCUUUUGCAUGAUGACAUACACUCUUUAAACAAAUUAAUCAAAAUAGCAAACUUGUUGGUUGUUUCCGAUCAAGUUAGACUCAUUCGAAGUUAUGAUAUAUCUUAACCAAAAUUAAUUUACUCUCUAAAUACCGUAGAUUAAAAGUCAUUCUAAUAGAUUGUGGUUAGGGACCAAUCCAAAAUUGGAUCGAAAAUUUCAGUCGAAUAAGAUUGAAUUCUAAAUCUGUUAGAUUGAAAACUUCAAUCCACCUUUGGAUUGGUCCCUGAUCGCAAUGUAUUUCGAUCUGAGGAAUUUAGAAAGUAAUAAUUACAAUUUUAUUCAAUCAGACUCUAGCAAUACUUUUGAUUGGAUAUGUUUACGAACAUAAUACUUUAAUCAUUAGAAAAAUCCUUCAGCGUGUACAUUCAUGCCACACACUGUGACCUGAUUUUGAAUUACUUAUUUUUAUUGAACGACCAUAUAGCUUGUAUUGUAAAACAAUAUUUCUCUUUUUACAAGCAUUAACAAGUGGACAUUUAAUUUGCGGGUAAAUGUGGCAUUUGCACUAUUACAUAAUUAUGAUUAUGUGUUGUAUACUUAUUAUUCUUUUUCCUUCACCAUUAUUUCGCUGAAAAUAUAUGAUAUCGAGUGUAUUCCGUUAAAGGAUCAUAAUAGAGAACACUUUGUUUGAUUAGCCUAAUAUCUAUGCAAAUGCUAUGGCAACAUUAUCAAUAAUGAGUCGCAUGGUGGGGAUUUUUUAAUACCUUUGUAUAUUUUACUAUUACAUUUGAUACAGCUGUUCAACCCAAUCAUUUGCAUAUAGUAAUAGUUUUAUCUUGUUUACAUGGAUUUUUAAUCUCGCUUGUUUAACUUGUGAAUAGCGUAUGUAGUGAUUUAUUUUGUUUCUAUAAAAUGAUUCGCAUUACUUCCUUUAUUAGAGAUGUGGAUUAUGAUCUGCCUGAUUAUACAUAUAUUUGUGUAUUUUUCGCCCCCCUCCAUUUUUUAAAGCGUUUAUCAUAGAAAUAAGGUACGAUCGAUAGACCAACAUAGCGAAACAAUUAAAAAUAAACAGUAUACUUUGACGGUGAAAUAAAAGACCAUCUUGUCAUGGUGUAUAUCUCUCUUUACGAACAAUCAAUUUGGGGUCAGUAUUUCAAAUAAAAAAAAAAUUAGUAGAUUGACAAUGCAAUAUAUAAAAUUUAUAGAAUAUUAUACCAUCGUGUUAUGGUGUAUAAUUAUGAUUAUGUUUGAGGUAAAGGCUUCAUUCUAGUAUACAUUUCUUCCUGCCUACUCAAAUGAUUGUCAGUAUAGUAAAGGAAUCUUGAUCGUUGGGUCAAACCGACGAUUUUUAUGAUGCACUUUGUAUAUCACUUAUAGGCUUGUACCAAUCGAUCCCAAGGUUAUCUAUGCGAUAUUUUCUUGUUCGAUCGAUAAUCUUACAAGAUUUCUUCUUUCAGAGAUAUAACACUUAUUAGAAUGAAAUAGAUGUUCCCUAUUCAUGUGAUAUCAUAUAACGUAAUCUUGUCGUUCUUAUAUUCACGUGUUUAUGAUAGAUAACGAUGAUUGAAUAUAUGAAUAAUCUACACUGUGUAUGUUCUGUUUUAAACACGAUUAACCACCAUUGUGAUCAAAAUAAACGAUGUUA